GCUGGCAGCUGGGUGUGUAUAAAUAGAUCCAGGAGGCUGGAUUGCCACUCAAACUCGAAUAGCUGGGACGCAGGAAAGAUGCCCGCAUCGCAAACUGGAAUUGGCAGCUUUUUCUUGGAGCGGAACCUCAGCAUGCCGACUGGAUAUCAUCAGAUCCCGCUGCUGGGAUGCCCGCCGGGUGUGCAGCAACAGCAGCAGCAGCAGCAGGCUCAGCAUCUGGCAGCGAUGGCAGCUGGAAUUCCCAUAACAUACUCAGGACUCCAGGGAUACAACUUCAUCCCCUACCCACACCACAGGCACAUCACACACAUGAACAACAGUUUCGACUUGAAGGCCGCCUCUCCCUACCACCACGCGCUCCUGGCUCGCGGGGGGGCUUUCUACCCCCCGUACCGCCCCGGAGCAGCCGAGGAUCCCGGCAGGGUUGCCAAAGUGGCCACCCGAGAGAGCACCGGGGCGCUGAAGGCCUGGCUCAACGAGCACCUGAAGAACCCGUAUCCGACCAAGGGAGAGAAGAUCAUGCUCGCCAUCAUCACUAAAAUGAGCCUGACGCAGGUCUCCACCUGGUUCGCCAACGCACGGCGACGCCUGAAGAAGGAGAACCGGGUGAGCUGGGCGUGUAAGGGGAAGUCAGACGAGGAGGACGACGAGCAGGAGGGAGAGAGCGACGACGCAGACACGUCCGCGCACACCUGUCAUCUGGAUGAGCGGGAUGAGGAAGAGCGUCAAAGUGAACGCGCAGACAACGAUGCGCACGCCGAGAGCGCGUCGGACAGCUCAGCGUCGGUGGACGCGCGCUUGGAGAUGCCGAAGCAGCCAAGCAGCGAGCACGAAGACAGAGAACUUGCACUUGUCAAGAAAGUUGAAAAGAGUGACUCUGAUCACACGCUAUCCACUUUGGAGAGUAAAGAUAACAUUGUGAGUCAGAAACCCAAAAUCUGGUCUUUGGCCGAGACGGCCACUUCAGAAACGGUGAAGAAACCUCUGGACAAUAUCUACCACCCGGCCGGAAAACUGUGGGCUGAGUGGGCUUCAAGAAACGGACUGUUUGUUCCGUCAUGUUACACCACUCAUGGAAUUGUCUAAGCGGGUAUUUAGACACAAAUUAAGAGACGUUUUCCACAUCCUUUGCACUUUAAAAAAAAAAAACUUUUCAAACCUCAGGGAUUUUUAUUCCUGAAGUUUGCAGUGAAAUUUAAGACCAAAGAUUAAAACAUGUUAUUGUAAAUAAAUGUAGAUGUAUUUUUUUUCAUCACCAACAUGUAAAUUAUGUGUCCUCUGUCUAUUCAUGAAGAACUAUUUUUGCUUAAAUAAAGAUCAGCUUCUAGCGGAAUCAUGA